CAGGACCUGACAGGCAGGCUGCAAGGUCAUUCCUUCUCCCUCUGGGGCUGUGUGCCAGGCUGGCUGUUGGAUGUGAAGACACGCUGGAGAAGACAACGAUGCUGCCUACAACUGCUGGCCACCAGUGGAGAAGCAGGUUCCUCAUGAGGUGGCAAGAGGCUUGUCUGCUUGGCUGUUGGCUGUCACUAUGUGCUGCUGAGUCCUUCUUUACUUGUCCUUCCUCCUGCAAGUGUAACAGUGGCAACCUGGAAGUGGACUGUAGUGGCUUAGGCCUCUCUUCCAUCCCCUCAGACAUCCCCACAAACACCAGGACCUUCCUCUUUCUCAACAACAAACUCAGCAUCCUGCCAGGAGCAGUGUUUUCCAACCUCUCCGCUCUACAGAGGCUGGAUCUAUCCAACAACUUCUUGGACCAGCUCCCUCAGAACAUCUUCAGUGACCUGGGGAACCUUACAGAGCUCCAGCUGAGGAACAACAGUAUUCGAGCCUUGGACAAGGACCUGCUACAACACACUGCCCUGCUGCGUCAGCUGGACCUCUCCAUCAACGGCCUGGCCCAGAUACCCUCGGGCAUCUUUGACGACCUGCCUGCUCUCCGCUCCCUCUCGCUCAGGUCCAACCGCCUGCAGAGCCUGGACAGGGUGACCUUCGAACCACUAACCAGCCUGCAGCAACUCCAAGUGGGGGAUAACCCCUGGGAAUGCGACUGUAACCUCCGAGACUUCAAGCAUUGGAUGGAGUGGUUCUCCUACCGAGGUGGGAAAAUCGACCAGCUGGCAUGUACCCUGCCCAAGGAGCUGAAAGGGAAGGACAUGCGAAUGGUGCCCAUGGAGAUGUUUAACUACUGCUCCCAGCUGGACGAUGAGAACAGCUCUACAGUGCUGGACAAUACUGGCCCACCCUGCACUAAAGGAAGUCCAGCUCCUUCCAAAUCUAAAUCAGGGCCAGAAACAGAAGUGGAGCCCAGUGUGGGAUGCCCUCAGAAACAGCGAUACAGGCCCGUGAGCGUGCGCCGGGCUAUUGGCACUGUGAUCAUUGCAGGGGUGGUUUGUGGCAUUGUUUGCAUCAUGAUGGUGGUAGCAGCUGCUUAUGGUUGCAUCUAUGCCUCCCUUAUGGCCAAGUACCACCGGGAGCUGAAGAAGAGACAGCCACUCAUGGGUGACACAGAAGGUGAACAUGAAGAGCAAAAACAAAUCUCUUCUGUGGCAUGAAACUCUUCUAGGAAGGAAGGUACAGCAAUGAAAAAAGGUACCUGAGAGCAGUCAAGCAUGGGGUCCUCCCAAAAUACAUCUUUCCAGACAGACAGACAGACAGACUGUGCUAUUGCUCCACUCACCCAAGUAGUACAACAUGCUUCUGGGGGGUCAGGGCACCUGGCUCAAUUUCUGUUCCUCUGCCCCAGGCCCAUUUUGUGCCCUUUCACCCUUGGGCCCUCCCAGACAAAUAAAGUAGAGUCAGACCUCGA